CUGAAGCGAAACCCACGCCCCAAACAAACCUCAAGUGCGAGCGGCGCGCGUUCUUGCAGCCCCUGGCCCGCGUCCCCGGCCGCGGCGUGAUGCGCCCGGGCCAGGCCUCCACUGUCCCGGCGCCUGGACCCUGGUCGGUGGCUGCGCCCCAGCCGCGAUCGCGACCGCGCACCUCGCUCCAACCCUGCGGCUUCCGCGGAGACUCUCGCUGUCCAUGGGGCUGAGGGGCUGGCUGCGGACCUGCUGCUGCUGCUGUCGCCGGUGUCCCUGCCUGGAGGAGCCCGCGCUGCCCGAGAAGGAGCCGCUGGUCAGUGGUGACAAUCCAUAUUCCUCAUUUGGAGCAAUGCUGGCAAGGGAUGAUGAAAAGAAUUUAUGGAGUCUGCCCCAUGAUGUGUCCCAUACAGAGGCAGACGAUGACAGAAUCCUGUACAAUUUGAUAGUCAUUCGUAAUCAGCAGGCCAAAGACUCAGAGGAGUGGCAAAAACUCAACUAUGAUAUCUACAGCCUGCGGCAGAUUCGAAGGGAAGUAAGAAGCAGAUGGAAACGCAUUUUAGAAGAUUUGGGUUUUCAAAGGGAAGCAGACUCUUUGCUGUCAGACAAACUUAGCACCAUGAGUGAUUCUAAGAACACAAGGAAAGCUCGAGAGAUGCUGUUAAAACUGGCUGAAGAGACUAAUAUUUUCCCAACCAGCUGGGAGCUCUCAGAGAGGUAUCUCUUUGUUGUGGACCGUCUCAUUGCUCUUGAUGCAGCAGAAGAGUUCUUUAAAAUUGCUAGUCAAACUUAUCCCAAGAAGCCUGGGGUCCCAUGCCUUGCAGAUGGUCAGAAAAAAACACACUACCUUGCAUUUCCAAGUCCCUAAAGGAGAAGCUCAGAGGCAGAAUGAGACUUUUUUUUUUAGGUUUUUAUAAAUUUUAAUUAAUUCAUAUUAAUUUUUCCUUUUUAUUAUCAUAUUAUUAUUGUACUCAGCAUACAUUA